GGGGGUCUCGGCGGCAGGAUGCAGCUGCUGCGGGGGGCGAAGAGCGAAGCGUGCCCUGCCUUAGCUAGACCUGAAUGAGCAGAGGGUAGAGUGGUCAGUUCUGGUUGAAGCUGUUCCUGGAGACUUUUCCCCAUGCCAGUACUUAUUCUCAUAAUAUUAAGUUUUGACUGUUUCCCCCAUGAGCGCAGUUGUGGCGAGGUUUGCCUCAAAGAAGUCUGGAGGCAGCUCCAAAAAUCUGGGGGGUAAAAGUCCUGGGAAAUGCUACGGCUUUAAAAAAACGGAUGGGAAAUUUGUUCACUCAGGCAACAUAUUGGCAACACAGAGAGUGAUUCGCUGGCACCCAGGGGCUCAAGUGGGGAUGGGCCGCAAUAAGUGGCUGUAUGCUCUGGAAGAUGGAAUUGUGCGAUACACCAAGGAAGUCUACGUGCCGCGUCCCCGCAGCAAAGAAAGCCAGGAAGUGAUCUGUCAGUUACCCAAAGGAGCUGUGCUGUACAAAACCUUUAUCAACGUUGUCCCAAUUGAGGAGGUGGGGAGUUUCAAGUUGGUCAACAUGCUCUGAGACUCUUGAUGCCCUGCAAGGAACGGCUCAGAUGGGAGUUCAUAUCAGCGAGGACAAUGAUGAAAGACUCCUUUGGCUCUGAAUGACUUUUGUUCACUUACCUUAUAUCAGCUGACAUUUGGGAGCAAGGCAACACUUGGAACACCCAUAGUCAUCUAUACUGAGAGAUACUCCAGGCACCUCUAAUGCGUUAUCAGUGAAAUAAAUACGAUUAUUUCCAAAAGCA